CCAAAGACGAUAAAUUCAUGUGUCUUCUUACUGCAAGUAAAGCGCCAUGUAACGCAGCUCGAUUGAGCUUUCGCAUUGAAAAUAGACUUCCCAAGCCAAAUAACAUUUAUCUUGAGAAGAUCACUCCGAAAGAAGCAGUGCUUAGAUGGGAAAAGAUUUCUGCGAACGCAACAAUCUAUGGUGUUUUGUUGGGAUACAAAUUGACGCUAUUUGGAAUGAAAAGUGAAGAAAACAUCACUUUAGCAAAUGAUACUAAUUACGUUGUGUUGACUAACUUAAAUCCAAAAUCAAAUUAUACCCUCUCGGUACGUGGUUUUACAAAAUAUGGUGAUGGAUAUACGCUACUCUACAACUUUGUAUCACUAGAUCGACUUCGAAGGCCAAAUAAUAUUCACCUUGCAAAGAUCACCUCCAAAGAAGCAGUGAUUAGAUGGGAAAAGAUUUCUUCAAAACCAAAAAUAAACGGCGUUUUACUGGGAUACAAGCUGAUUCUAACCAGCCGAAAAAGAAAAUUAAGUUUCAUAUCAGCAAAUGAUACCAACCACGUCGUGUUUCCUGACUUAGCUCCAAAAUCAAAUUAUACCCUUUCAAUACGUGGGUUCACACAGUAUAGUGAUGGUUAUGCUGUAUUGUACAACUUUUCAUCAUUAGAUGUGAUUCCCGCGCCAAAAAAUAUUCAGGUUGUUAUCUUGUCCAAAACUUCAGUUGGCAUCCAGUGGUUUCUCGUGCAACAACGUGAGGAAAAAUACGAUAAAAUCUUUGGUUACAGAGUAAAUGUGAGAAACGCAACACAUUCUUUUCAAAUCGACACUUUAAGUGUAACCUAUUCUGUGGUUCUGAGGCGUCUCUCACCCGAUGCAAAUUAUAGUGUAUCAGUUUUCGGCUUUGGUAAUGGAACAAAAGGAAUUUCAAGUAAAUGGAUACAUUUUAAAAUAAAUGAUCGUGAGGGGCCAUCUGGAGUUAGUAAUAAAGGAGGAACUAACACAGACGGAAGGAACUUUACUUUAACAAUCAUCGUUGUUUUGAUUGUCGGAGUUUUGUUUUAGGCGACAACUUUUGAGUAGCCACUGUGUCGGAUGUUUUACGAAUAGUCAAUUUUUACGUCACUAAUAAAAUUUAUGGUAAAAUAAUUUUACAAGUCGUUAUAUCUCAUUGUUUUCCCAUGCUCCAAAAAAGCCUAAAUUUCACAAAAAGAAAUCAGCUUCGCCACCAAAAAUGUUGUCAGUGGUUUUUUAAUUUACCGAAAUAUAUAUAGUUGUGCCAAAACAAGCAUUUGUUGUAAAUCGAUAUAAUAUAAAAAUAGCGCCAUAGUGGAAAAACAUGAAAACAUGAAUUUCAACUAAAUCCAAUACCUGAACUAUAUCCAUUGGAAUAUAUAGAUAUUGGCAGAAAUCAUCACAAAUAUUGCAUUCUCAACGUGACACUACAUUAUUUUACCGCAAGCAACUGGCAGAAUCUCAAAUAAACUCUCCUGAUUUAUGUUUCUUGUUGUAUGAGUGUAGACAAAAUAUGCCUUUUUGGAGAAGCUAUGUAGCUGUAAAUACUAUUUUAAAAUCGAAGGUGCCUUUUUUGUUUCCUACGU